AUGUCGGCACCACAAAAGCUCACGGGCGAGCCGACCGCAGAGGCAGUGCUCGCCGCCCUUGACGCAGCCCCCAGCGGCAAGAUCGCCGACACUCGUCUGAUCGCACCGGAAGUCUCGACAGCGGCAGCAGACCAGCAGGCCGACCCAGUCAAGCAAUCCGAGGCCAACGAGGCCGUGUUCAAGGAGCGUGCACGAUGGCAGCUCGCGCUUUCCGAUGUGCUCAAGUCGCUGCUCAGCAAAGAGAUGGUGGUGAUGGACAAGCUCGAAGAGACCACCUCUGCUCCACUUCCCGAUGGCUUUGUCUUGUUGCAGAAUGGCUCGCCAGAGAUUCGUCUCGUCAAGGCGCUUCCUGACCAGGAGGGCGUCGGCAAGUCGAUGGACGAACUCAAGCAGCUGUUGGGUGCUGACACGCUCAAAAAUGGCCAGAGCAACGCUUUCCGCAACAAGUGGGCCAAGAAGCUUCCCGACGGCACCUUUGGCAGGACCGAGGCAACACUGGGCAAGUCGGACGCUGAGCUGCGCGACGAGAUUCAGGAGCAGAUCGCCGAGGUGCUCAAGACAGGCACUCUCGCCGCAGAAAGCGCUGCGGCUGCCGACAAGAAGCUCGCCGAGCUGCGUAAGCGCAAGCUGGUAGCAACGCGCAAGUUGGUUUAUUUCUCCAUCGCAAAGGGUUCCCAGUUCUCGCUCACCGUACAGAAGCUCGAAACGGACCUCACCUUUGACAUGCUUCAAUCCGGUUCGUGGAAGCAGGCGCCUUUCAAGAAGUAUAACUUCAACGCCGAAGGUGCUGUUCCCACAUCGGGAGCGUUGCAUCCCCUGUUGAAGGUGAGGGAAGAGUUCCGCAACAUCUUCUUCGAGAUGGGUUUCACCGAGAUGGCCACCGACCGAUUCGUCGAGUCAUCCUUCUGGUGUUUCGACUCGCUGUUCGUGCCGCAGCAGCACCCGGCGAGAGACGUGCAGGACACGUUCUUCAUCAAGGACCCGCCGUACGCCAAGCACAUUCCAGAGGACUACCUCAAGCGCGUCACACAAGUUCACCAGGAGGGAGGAUUCGGCUCCGUUGGCUACCGAUACCCCUUUGACCGCCAAGUCACCGAGAAGCUCGUGCUCCGAACCCACACCACCGCUGUCUCGUCUGCGAUGCUCUACAAGCUCGCCAACCAACCGGGCGGCUUCAAGCCCGCAAAGCUCUUCUCCAUCGACCGCGUCUUCCGCAACGAAGCCGUGGAUGCGACCCACUUGGCCGAGUUCCACCAGGUUGAGGGUGUGGUCGCCGACUACAACAUCACCCUCGGAGACUUGAUCGGCUUCAUGGAGGUCUUCUUCAAGAAGAUGGGCGUCACAAACCUGCGCUUCAAGCCGGCUUACAACCCGUACACCGAGCCGUCGCUUGAGAUCUUCUCGUACCACCAGGGCCUCAAGAAGUGGGUCGAGGUCGGAAACUCGGGCAUGUUCCGCCCAGAGAUGUUGAGACCCAUGGGCCUGCCAGAGGGCGUUAAUGUGCUUGGCUGGGGUCUCAGCUUGGAACGCCCGACCAUGAUCCGGUACGCUGUGAAGGACAUCCGCGAGUUGGUCGGUCACAAGGUUCCCAUCUCGUCGGUCGAGAAUGCUCCCGCGACGAGGUUCUAG